UUCCUUGGCCCUCCUCCUCAGUCCUCACUAUAUAUCAAAAGGUUCAUCAAAAUCUGCGACUCGCGAGUAUGGAGUGGUUGCUAAACGGCGGCGUUUGCAUGGUGAUGAUGAUGACCAUCAUUUCUUUUGUUCAUGCUGAAGAUCCCUACCGUUUUUUCGAUUGGAGGGUCACUUACGGCAACAUUUAUCCACUCGGCAUUCCACAAAGGGGAAUCCUGAUAAAUGGACAAUUUCCUGGACCUGAGAUUUAUUCAGUCACCAAUAACAAUUUGAUCAUCAAUGUUCACAACGAUCUCGACGAGCCAUUUCUCCUGUCCUGGAACGGAGUACAACUGAGGAAGAACUCGUACCAAGAUGGAGUUUACGGGACGACGUGUCCAAUCCCACCGGGCAAGAACUAUACAUAUGCGAUCCAAGUGAAAGACCAGAUCGGUAGUUUCUUCUACUUCCCAUCCCUCGCCCUUCACAAAGCCGCCGGUGGUUUUGGUGGCCACCGUAUCCUCAGCCGCCCUCGCAUCCCCGUCCCUUUCCCUGACCCCGCCGGAGAUUUCACCUUCCUCAUUGGUGAUUGGUACACUAAGCAUGACCACAAGACUUUGAAGGCACUUUUGGAUAGAGGACACAAGCUACCUUUGCCCGAUGAGGUUUUGAUCAAUGGCCGUGGAGUCAGCUUUUCUUCUUCACUCACCGUCCAUAGAGGUAAAACGUAUAGAUUCAGAAUCUCGAAUGUGGGUCUUCAACACUCGUUGAAUUUUAAAAUAUUAGACCAUGAGAUGAAGCUCGUUGAGGUUGAGGGAACCCACACGGUCCAGUCCAUGUAUACCUCACUCGACAUUCACGUUGGUCAGUCUUACUCUGUCCUAGUCACCAUGGACCAGCCUGAGAAAGACUAUUCCAUCGUCGUCGCCACAAGAUUUACCGCCAAGAAACUCCUGGUCAGUUCCACUCUCCAUUACUCCAACUCCAGACAGAACCUCUCCUCCGCUCCUAUCUCUGAUGGACAGCUUGCCGAUGAGCUUGACUGGUCUAUCAAACAAGCCCGGUCCAUUAGGACCAACCUGACAGCGUCUGGGCCGAGGCCCAACCCUCAAGGCUCAUACCAUUAUGGUCGAAUCAAAAUCUCCAGGACUUUAAUACUAGAAAGCUCAGCGGCACUUGUGAAGAGGAAGCAACGUUACGCCAUAAACGGCGUGUCGUUUGUGCAUGCGGACACUCCGCUAAAGCUGGCAGAUUACUUUAAGAUCGGAGGAGUUUUCAAAGUGGGAAGCAUUCCUGACAAGCCGAGGAGGAUAGGAGGAGGGGUGAAGUUGGACACUUCAGUGAUGGGAGCACACCACAGGGCCUUUCUUGAGAUUGUCUUUCAAAACCGCGAGAAGAUCGUCCAGAGUUACCACCUAGAUGGAUACAGUUUCUGGGUUGUCGGGAUGGAUAGAGGAACAUGGUCACAUGCGAGCAGACGAGAAUAUAACCUCAGGGAUGCUGUUUCUCGCUCCACCACUCAGGUAUAUCCAGAGUCUUGGACAGCCGUAUAUGUGGCACUAGACAAUGUUGGGAUGUGGAAUCUAAGGAGCGAGUUUUGGGCGAGACAAUACUUAGGUCAACAGUUCUACCUUCGAGUUUACUCACCAGUUCACUCUAUUAGGGAUGAAUAUCUUUUGCCCAAAAAUGCGUUGCUAUGUGGUCGGGCCUCCAACAUACAAAGAAUUACAUCACUCCGUAGUUAGUCUUUCCAUAACUCAGUUCAUACCAAUAUUAAUUGGAUAAGUUAACCAAUACUCAUGUUCUUUUGGAAUACAUUCUAUUUAUUUAGAAAAUAAAAGACGAGAGAUUCUUUUCCUUAUGCAUAAUUCUACA